UAAUAGGCGUGUGUGGUUACAUUGGAUGAUAUCAGUCCAUACGAAAACAGUAGUGAUUAGGGAUUCGCUAUCAAAGUUUUAUCAGUUUGAAUCAUCACCAUUAGUGAAAUAUUUGUUACUUACUGAAAGAAAAAAGAAGAAAAUGGGUUGACACAUAUUUUUUAUCCAGAAAUGGAAAGGGAGAGUUCGGAAGGUCAUAUGAAGAAUUAAGAAGAAAUAAUGAAAAAAUUUUCGACUACACGAGAAUGACACAAUCCACAUUCGACUAUAUAUUAGAGAAUAUCGAGAGUCACAUUUCUAAGCACUCAAAUUUCCGGGAGUGCAUAUCACCAAAGCAUAAACUGAUUCUAACAUUAAGGUAUCUUGGAACUGGAGCUACUUUCGAUCAUUGGGAUUUUCAUUCCGAAUGUCACAUACAACUAUUCGACAAGUGGUUUAUGAAACCUGUGAUAUGGAAUAAUUUAAACCAAAAGCAUAUGCCUUUUCCAACAGAAUCAACGUUUUCAUCCAUUGCUGAACAGUUUUAUACAACAUGGAAAUUUCCCAAUUGUGUAGGAGCAAUUGACGGCAAGCAUAUUAGAAAUAUAUGUCCUGCGAAAUCUGGGUCAUUCUAUUUCAAUUGUAAAAAAUAUUUUUCGAUUGUGCUUCAAAGUUUGGUGGAUGCGCGAUAUAAGUUUAUAAGUAUUGAAGUUGGAAGUUAUGGAAAGCAGAGUGAUGGUGGUAUUUUCACUACUUCAUCGCUUUACUAUCAUCUUGAACAAAAUACAUUCUGUGUACCUGGAUCGAAGACGUUGUCGGGUACAAAUUGUUCCACACGUUUUCGUCGGAGAUGCGGCCUAUCCAUUAAAGCCGUAUCUAAUGAGAUUUUUUCUGGACAAAAUAUGUCACAGGAGCAAGAAAAAUUCAAUUACUGCCUUUCCCGAGCAAGGCGCCUUGUCGAAUGCGCCUUUGGUAUAAUUACCUCAAAAUGGAGAAUUCUAAAAACGGAAAUUGAAAUUGUUCCUGACAAGGUCGAUUUAAUUGUGAAAUGUAUUUGUUUGUUGCAUAAUUAUUGAUUUGGAGGAAAACUCAGAAGUCAUUCAAAAUACUGCCCCUCAACAAACACGUGAUCGAACCGUUGGAACACGAAGUUUUAACAGAGCUACUCGUACUGCCUAUGACAUUAGGAACAAAUUUAUGCAAUAUUCCAACACUCAUUGAACACAAUUUGAAAAAUAAGACAGUUAUGUAGUGUUAAAACAAAAAUUAUUCUUGAAUAAAUAUAAAUAGAUAACGGAAAUACAUACCUACUAGUUUCAUUUCAGUCGCUACUUCUUUCCAUAAUUUUUUGUUUAACUCUCUGUUGUGAUACUGUUUGUUUUUUUGAUCCCACAGGGAUCUUCUUUCGUGUACUAACGUUAUCAAUAAUUCGCAAUCCAUGUCACUCUGAAAACACUAGAAAAUGCAAGCUAGUCGUACGAACACCUAUGAAAGAAACAAAAUAGUUUGGUCGUAUAGAAAUCACGUACG